AUGCGGAAAGAAGGGGAAGGGGAAAGGCGUCCUCUGUUUCUGAGGGCGCCCUUGCGGAGGAAUCCGGAGGCGUCCCGAGGCCGCGUGGAGACCCCGUCAGGCCCUUCCGGGCCCUGCUCGGGAAAACGCGCCCCGAAGCCACGGUCCCGGCAAAGUUCCAAUGGUCCUGUAAAGAAGUCCAUGCGUGAAAAGGCUGUUGAGAGAAGGAAUGUUAAUAAAGAGCACAAUAGUAACUUUAAAGCUGGUUAUAUUCCAAUUGAUGAAGAUCGUCUCCAUAAAACAGGAUUGAGAGGGAGAAAGGGCAAUUUAGCCAUCUGUGUUAUUAUCCUCUUGUUCAUCCUGGCUGUCAUCAAUUUAAUUAUAACACUUGUUAUCUGGGUUGUGAUUCGCAUUGGACCAAAUGGCUGUGACAGCAUGGAGUUUCAUGAAAGUGGUCUGCUUCGAUUUAAGCAAGUAUCUGACAUGGGAGUUAUACAUCCUCUUUAUAAGAGCACAGUAGGAGGAAGGCGAAAUGAAAAUUUGGUCAUCACUGGCAACAACCAGCCCAUUGUUUUUCAGCAAGGGACAACAAAGCUCAGUGUAGAAAAGAACAAAACUUCUAUUACGAGUGACAUUGGUAUGCAGUUUUUCGACCCAAGGACUCAGAAUGUCUUAUUCAGCACAGACUAUGAAACUCAUGAGUUUCAUUUGCCAAGUGGAGUAAAAAGUUUGAAUGUUCAAAAAGCAUCUACUGAAAGGAUUACCAGCAAUGCUACCAGUGAUUUAAAUAUAAAAGUUGAUGGGCGUGCUAUUGUGCGUGGAAAUGAAGGAGUGUUCAUUAUGGGCAAAACCAUUGAGUUUCACAUGGGUGGUAAUAUGGAGUUAAAGGCUGAAAACAGCAUCAUCCUAAAUGGAACUGUGAUGGUCAGCACAACCCGCCUACCCAGUUCCUCCAGUGGAGACCAGUUGGGUAGUGGCGACUGGGUGCGCUACAAGCUCUGCAUGUGUGCUGAUGGGACUCUCUUCAAAGUGCAAGUAACCAGCCAGAACAUGGGCUGCCAAGUCUCAGACAACCCCUGUGGGAACACAUAUUAGAAGAACCCCAGAGCCAUCAAUAUGUUCAUGUGUGGAUUUGACUUUUUUUUUAAGAGUAUGCAUGCAAAUCAUUCUUUUACAGAAUUUAUGAUAACUCAUUGUAAUUAUUUUAACUGCAGAGCACUGCUAUAUCUAUUAUAUAGUCUUCAUAUUUAAAAUAUUCUCAGAGAGCUUAAAUUCUAAUACAUUUUAUUAAGUUGCACUGAUCUUCAAAUUACAGCUCUCUAAAAUAAUUAUGAGAAGUGAAUAAAAUCUAAAUUAAUUUUUAAAGAGAUGUUUUUAAAAUUGCACUAUCCCUUUUCUAAAGAAUAAAGGGCUGAAAGCAACUGUUUAGACUCACUAUAAGUAAGCUCUUGGUAACUCUAAUGGGGAUAGACCCACUUAAGAUGUUUAAAGGGUACACUGUCAGUGUUUGAUGCUCUGUCUUGGCUUUGGCUUCUGAAAGGAAAGACACAGAUUUUUGGCUUUGACCUUGAUCCAUAUUCUCACAUGCAAGUGAAGUCAUCUAAGAACUUUACAUAUGUGAGAUAGUAAGAAACUGUGGUUCCUUAGCACUAGGAAGAAAAUACUCUGUAAUUGAAUAUUUACUUGAAAUAAUGAUAAAUAUUGUGUUCAUAAUGUGGUAUAAAUUAAAAUAAAAUCUCAGCUUUAACUUUUAAAUAAUAAUGAUAGCCAUCAUUGAGCAUCUUAAACAUCCUAGGCAUUGUCCUAGACAUUGCUUAUUGAAUAUCUCUAAUUCUUACCACAACACCAAAAAGUAGGUGUUUUUAUCUCAGUUUUAUCCUGUGGGAAACUGAGGAUCAGAGAAGUUAAACUUGACUAAUGUCACAUGGAAAGUAGUAGAGUUAGGACUGGCAUUCAGGUGUGAUUUAAACCUAGACGUACCUGAUUCCAAACACCGUGUUCUUUUCACUAUCUGCACUGAAUUUUCAGUUAUUUAAAACUCUAGAAAUACGAACAAAGACUAAUUCAAACUUACCUAAGCAGACAAGAGUCAAAUAAAAUAGGUAUGCUUACUCUAGUUAUAAGAAAAUAAAUAAAUCUCUUGUCAAACAAAAAAAUGACCAAUCACUGUCAGGUUUUAAACUAUCUUAAUCCAGUUCCAAAAUAUUAUACUAUAGAGAAGUCAAAUUGGCCUCCUUGUGAGCUAUCCCAGUUUCCCAACUGAUGGGCCUUGGCACAGUGGAGUGUCUGAAUGGGUAACAGCGAUGCCAAGAUAUUUAAACUCUUAGCAAUCAGGGCAGCACAGAGGAAAGUGGGGAAGCCAUGGGCCCAGACAAGUUCUGCUGGCCAGGAAUGGCCUGAUGGGUUUACUCCAGUGUGCCACACAAAUAUUAUCCUCCUUAAUGUGUGCCCUGCCUUGAAAGUAAGUUGUGAAGUACCAGACUGAAAAGUGCUAAUACAGGAGAUAAUACCAAUAAUGUUUAAGUAACUAUAAGAAUUUACCUCUGCUCCUAAUAUCACUAUCUCAUUGUAAUUAUUUAUAACCUUCAAACCAGUCAAUUUUUAAUGUAUUUUAUAUUUGAUUUGAAAGGAAUUCUUUGGUGUUAUUAAGACACACUCAAGAUCAGGGACAGGAACCCCAAAGUAGUUUGCUGUAAAAUAGGCAUCAGAGAUGUAUUAUAGGUUCCACCCCGCAUUCAAGUAUAACAGUAUUCUGUCAUGGUCACUUCAAACUGGGUAGCUAAGAGAAUCAAUACAAAAACAAUUUUUGUUCAGUAUUGUCAUAGUUCUCUCUGAUGGAGAAACUAAAUACCUUAGAGAUUAUGAAGUCAUUAAAUUACAGUGAAAUAAGGAUUGUCUUACAACCUAACACUGAGCUCAAUUUUUAAAUGAAAGAAAAGAGAUUUAUGACUUCUGAGUGUUAUUAGUUGUGAUAUUGGAAUCCAUUUGGAUAUAUUCAAUAUCAUUUAAUAUCUGGAUGAUAUUCAGAAAAAUUGUUGGAAUUUUUGUUCAAAUGCUCAGUAUAUUUUUUAAUUGCACACUCAUUUCUUGUCUACUCUAUUUAGAUUUGUUUAAAAGUUUCUUUAAAUAAGUAUUUUUACAAAAACCACAGAACACUAUAUUACAAAGUAUUAUUUAUUGAAUGUAAUUCAUGAAAUAAUCUAUUUUUACUUCUCUUUGAGAAAUAGUUGUGUUUUUGAUACAUCUUCAUUAAAUGCUUUUGACAUGAGAGGAUAUUUUGAUGUUUUUAUAGAACUGAUCGUUAACAGGUAUAGCAUUUUCGGAUACAAGAACAAACUAUCUGUUUUACCCAUGACCUAUUUUGAGUCACAGUAAAGCUUCAGCAACUCAUUCUUGCCACCAGAUGGUAUUUUUACGUAAACUGAAAUGCUAACUUUAUCUCUUCCUGCUGUAUGUUCAUCCCCUGUCUUGAGCACUAAUAUGACAAACAGCAACCUUGGGGAAGGGGGAUGACAAAGACAGGCCCCCAGGAGGGGGCGCAGAUGCAUGCUUGUUUAAAUAACUACAGUAUUCUGGAGGUGAGUUGCAAUGACAAGCGGGACAAAUGAAAUGAAUGCAGGAUUUUUUAGAGACUGUCUAAUGGGCAGAUAGGAAAAAUGCAAAACAACACAAAACAGGGACUGCCUAUACAUAGUCUGCAGUAUUUUAAAAUAUAUUUAUCUGUAUUCUUUUUGCAUUGUGAAAAAACAAAUUUUGUGUGAUAGUUUUGAUGAUGAAAGGUGGAAGUUCAACCUAGUUUUGAAUGAGUGUUUUUUAAAGGGGUGAGAAUGUUACGGUGCUAAACCUGACAAGCAACCAUUGAAAUGCAGAUAAUAUUAGUAAUCUUUUUUAAAGUGUUGAGAGGGGCAAAGAUUACAAACUGUGCCAUACAAAAAUAAACCUAUAAAUUUGUUUCAGAUUGCUAACUUGAGUUUCAGUUAAUGCAUUUUGUAAUAACUAUUAAUGACCUCUGUUUACAAUAAAAAUUCUGUAAAUUGUU